GCGCUGGCGCGCUUCCUGCUGCUGCUUGGACUAGCGGCGCGCGGGCCGGGAUCCGCGGGCGCUGCCAAGAUGAAGGUGGUGGAGGAGCCCAACACGUUCGGGCUCAACAACCCGUUCCUGCCCCAGACCAGUCGCCUGCAGCCCAAGAGGGAUCCGUCGCCUGUGUCUGGGCCUGAGCACCUGCUGAGACUGUCCGGCACAUGCUUCAGCCUGGUGGAGUCCACGUACAAGUACGAGUUCUGCCCCUUCCACAACGUAACCCAGCAUGAGCAGACCUUCCGCUGGAAUGCCUACAGUGGGAUCCUGGGCAUCUGGCACGAGUGGGAGAUCGCCAACUACACCUUCGCGGGCAUGUGGAUGCGCGACGGGGACUCCUGUGGCUCCAGGAGCCGGCAGACUAAGGUGGCGCUCACGUGCGGGAAGAACCACCGCCUGGCCCAGGUGUCGGAGCCCAGCACCUGUGUGUACUCACUGAUGUUUGAGACACCACUCGUCUGUCACCCCCACGCCAUGCUAGUAUACCCAGUGCUACCCAAGGCCCUGCAGCAGAGGUGGGACGAGGUGGAGCAGGACCUGGUGGACGAGCUCAUCACCCCCCAGGGCCAUGCCAAGCGGCUGCGGGCACUCUUUGAGGAGGCUGGCUACCUGAGGGCCCCAGAGGACAGCGACCCAACCUGGCAGGAAGGGCUCUCGCAGGGCCGGAAGUUUGAGACGCUGGAGAGCUGCAGUCAGGCGCACAAGGAGCUGGCCAAGGAGGUGAGGAGGCUGCAGACGUUGCUAAGCCAGCAGGGCAUCAGCCCUGCCAAGGAUGCAGGGACCUCCAGCCCCAAGCACUUGGGCCAAGUGGCCCUCACGCACAAGCCCACAGCACAGCUGCACGGUGACCCUGCACGGCUUGGGAACACCCUGUGA